CCAUAAACCCAGAUUACUAUAUUGGAUUCUUACUAGCCAUGGGAGAGAAAAAGAAUGGAAGCAAGAAAGGCGGGGAUGGAGAAAAGAAGGAAAAGGGAUCCUCAACCAUUGUUCUCAAGUUUGAUUGCUUUUGUGAAGGCUGUGCUACCAAAAUCCUCAAGCACAUUCAUGAAUUUGAAGGGGUGGAGACGGUAAAAACUGAUAUGAGCUCAAACAAAGUGACGGUGAUAGGAACUAUGGAUCCGACCGCCAUGAAGGAGAAGCUCGUGAAGAAAACCAAGAAGAAGGUUGACCUUGUUUCUCCUCAACCCAAGAAAGAUGACAACAAAGAAGAGAAAAAGGAGAAAAAAUCAGACAAAGAGAAAAAGCAGGAUUCUGACAAUAAAUCAGAGAAAAAACCCAAAGAUGCCCCGGUAACGACGGCGGAUUUGAAGGUGCAACUGAUAUGCCAGUGUGAUGGAUGCAUUGAUAAAAUUCGCAAAAUUGUCUCUGAAACCCAAGGUGUGCAUGAGUUGAAAGUCGACAGGCAGAAGGAGGUGGUCACAGUUAAGGGGACUAUGGAUGUUAAGGCCUUGGCUGGAGCUUUGAAGGACAAACUCAAGAAGAAUGUUGAGAUUGUAGCACCUAAGAAAGACAAAGACAUCAACAAAGAGAGUGGUGGCGACGGUGGAGGAAAGAAGAACAAAGGUGGAAAUGGUGAAGAUGGUGGUGGUAAGAUGGAAGGGAACCGAAUGGAGUUUAUGGCUCAACCCCAAUUUAGAUACGCACCUGGUUACAUGCCGGGUUAUCCUGGAUAUGAGAACCCGGGUUAUGGAUAUGGUCAUGGAAACCCGUAUACUCACCCACACGGGCAUGGUUACCACGGGUAUGUGCCGGGUUAUCCGGUUUAUGGUAAUCCACCUCACCAAAUGUUUAAUGAUGAGAAUCCUAAUGCUUGUUCCAUUAUGUGAGGAGAGAUGGGGUUUAUGGUAAAGGUUUCUAGAUCAAGGUAAAUGGAAAGGUGUAAAUGAGAAAUAGGAUUGAGGUUGAACAUGGAACUCCAAAAGCUUCUUUGGGUUUUUUUU